AUGGUAAGGAAAGUGAAUGAAGUUGGUGAUUCUUCACAUUUGGAAUAUAGAAUGGGUAACAUGGAGAGGAUGAUGCAACAAAUAGCAGCGGCUGUAAUACCAUCAUACACCGAAGAAGUUGAGCAACUACGCCAACAAGCAAGUGCAGCAAAUCCUACUUUCAAUCAACAAGGAGGGCACCAAUUCAUGCAAAUACCACAAAAAGAAACUCAAGGUACAAGUGUGUAUGACAAGUUUACUCUUAUGAUGCAAAGUAUGCAAGAGAUUUCAAAGACAAUGCAAUGGUUCAACCAAUUCCAGCAGAAAUCGGAGAUGGCUGUGAGAGAUGUGCAAAACCAAGUUAGUCAAUUGGCUAAUGAUAUGAAUCAACUCAAAGCACAAGCAGCUGGAAAACUUCCUUCGCAACCGUUAAAUCCUAGGGAGACUGUCAAUGCUAUUGAAUUACGAAGUGGAAAGCAAGUAGAGAAACCGGCAACAUCACCGGAGGCCCAUGAACCUGAUUUAGAGAAAGAAGAGGACGAAACAAUCCCUAAAAAGACUGAUUUGGUAAAUUCUAACUCUAAACCUCUUGUUUCUACUUAUGUUACUCCUCCACCUUUUCCUAGCAGGUUUGCAAAAUCAAAUAAGGAGACGUUGGACAAAGAGAUUUGGGAAAUCUUCAAGAAGAUCAAAGUGAACAUUCCACUCAUUGAGGCGAUAAGGCAGGUUCCUCGCUAUGCAAAUUUCUUGAAGGAAUUGUGCACCAACAAGCCCAAAUUAACCGGGAAUGAGGUAAUGAGUGUGGGGAAGAGUGCUUCAGCAUAUCUUCAAAAGAAACUCCCACCUAAAUUGAAAGAUCCCGGUAGUUUUACUAUACCUUGCACAAUUGGUAAAACAAGGUUUACAAAAGCUUUGCUAGAUUUAGUAGCAUCAAUUAAUGUCAUGCCAGCUUCAAUUUAUGAAUUUAUAAAUCUUGGUCCUCUCAAAAGUACCGGCAUAGUUAUUCAACUUGCCGAUAGAUCUAAUGUCUACCCGAAAGGGGUUUUUGAAAAUGUUUUGGUGCAGGUUAAUCAACUUAUAUUUCCUGUGGACUUCUAUGUUCUUGAUAUGAGUGAUAAAAAUUCAUCCUCGCCUACACCUUUGUUGUUGGGUAGACCAUUUAUGAGAACCGCUAGAACAAAGAUAGAUGUAUUUGAAGGUACCUUGAUAAUGGAAUUUGAUGGAGAGGUCAUUCGCUUCAACAUCUUUGAGGUGAUGAGAUACCCAAGUGAUGCACUCAUGUUUUGA